UUGGUGAUUAAUGUUGGCGCACGCCGGACGUGACUGUUGGAAACUCCUAACAUUUCAGCAUGAACAGUUUAGCUAUUCUGCUGUUUUUACUGCUAGGACUCUUUGGGAUUGGCAAUUCACUUUAUGAGGAUCAAGUGGGAAAAUUUGAUUGGCGAGAGCAGUUUAUUGGUAGAGCCAAGGUGGUGCACUUCGAGCGAGGAGGAAGUAAACGAAAUAUCUUCGUAGCAACAGAAGCAAAUGUUGUUGCUGCUCUGAACACUCGAAGUGGUCAUUUGACUUGGCGACAGAUAUUCCAACGAGGCCCUCCUGGUUACAUUGAUACUUUGUUGUAUAACAAUGAAGAUUUGAUCAGCGUGUCAGGCGGUGGCCACUUUUUACGCUCCUGGGAACCAUCAUCAGGUUUCUUACGAUGGGAAGUGCAAACAACAACUGAAAUGGCAAACUUUAAAGUGUCAGAAGGCGAUGCUUCAGCUGUGUUUGUGAACAAUGAUGAAACGCCAUCUGUAGUUGUGUUAGCAGGCAGUAACCUAUAUGUACACUCACUGAAAGAUGGCCAGCAGGUGUGGGAUCAACAGCUACCAACCACAACAAAAUACAAGUGGCUGUAUUCAGAUGGUAUUUCGGUGUACACACUUGGUCUGGUUCCCAACUCCCACUUCAAUUUACUUAAGUACUCGGCAGUAAAUGGAGCCCUUCAGAAUAAGGCAUCUCUUCAAGCAGCUUGGGCCAGUCUGCAGGAUACCAGUUGUAUACUGGUAUCCAGGCUUCAGUUUGUGUGCAUGGAUACUCUCACCAACUCCUUACAGGUUGCUUCAUUGGAAAAUAUCAAUGUGUUUUCUACCACUCCUUUGAAGACAAUUGGACUUGACAAACAUGGUCCUAACCCCACAUUGAUUCAACUGUAUGUUCCAUCAACUGAGAGACCUGAGUUUGCCCUUCAACUGACAGAGGAUCAUCAUGCUCUGCUUAAGAUGUCUGCUGGUCAGGUGACAUUGGUCAAAGAUUUACCAUCGGUUUGGCAGAUAACUGGUUCUACCCAGGAAGGCAGUGCAAUUGUAACGACAGCUAGCUGGCUCUCAUCAACAAAGGAAAUCACUUUCCGAUGCUACAAGGACGGUGUAGAGCUAUCAGCAAUGAAAGACACAGUAACCUUGGCAGGUGACCAUGGAAAUCCAACAAAGAUGAGUGUGUUACUAAUUGAGAAGAAGAGUGCAAAUCCAGGGUAUAGAGUCCUCCUAGAGACAGCUGAUCAUGCCUUGACACUGAUCAACCAACCCGGACGUAUUGCUUGGCAACGAGAAGAGGGACUUGCCUCAGUGGCUGCUAUUGAGAUGGUUGAACUACCUGUGUCUGACACAGAAGCAAAGUUUGAAGAAGAAUUUGGUGGAAAAGCACAAGAGAGCAUAGGAUCAAUGUUCCUACGGAGGCUUAGUACACAGUUUGCUCAGUUUCAGGUUUAUUUGGCCCAUCUGAAGAGACGAUUCAGCCAUGCCUUCCUUCAAGAUCCAAUCAGCAUCCAGGAAACACUGAAAGGUAGAUCUGCACUGCAUAAAGAGGGAGGCAGUUCUGAUGAAAAUGAGUCACUUACUCGAGAUGAGUUCAGUCUUCGCAAGAUCAUAAUUGUUGUCAGCAGGUCUGGCAAGAUCUUUGGUCUUGAUUCUGAGGAUGGAUCACUGGUUUGGACUACCUAUUUAUCCAUACUCCAGAGCUCAGAUAUCCCUGGUCAUAAUCAGGUGUUGUUGUUUGUACGGAGAACUACUGCUCAUUUCCCUCAUCCACCACAAUGCACUGUCACUGGUAUCCACAAGGUAUCUGGCAACACUUUCAUGUACUCCUUCAACCCAAUAACUGGUGAUUCCUUCGACCCUGUGAAUUCUGAUCAUAUCUUACCUUACCGAGCUCAGCAGGCUAGUAUGCUAGCAUUAGCUGAUGAAGAGGAACUGAAGAUCUUGGUUUUACUGGACACAGACAAUAAGGUCCAUGUUUACCCUAAACAGGCUGCUGGUAUCUUGCAAGACCGUGCAUCAUCUAUAUAUAUUUUCACUGGUAACCGUUCUGAAAACUCCUUACAAGGCUACCGGUUGGCUUCAACAGGACAAGGAUCGAGGUCUCUUUCAGCUAAUGUCAUCUGGAAUGUCCAGUUACCAACAACGGAUAAAGGCAUAGUUAAGCUGGAAGCAAAGAGGCAUACGGAGCACGUUCACUCUCAGGGUCGUGUGCUUGGUGAUCGCUCCGUUCUUUACAAAUACCUUAAUCCUAAUUUGGUUGCCGUAGCUACUGAAGGACAAGAUGCAUCUGGAAAAGGUCAUCUUAGCAUCUAUCUACUUGAUGUAGUCACUGGUCAUAUUGUAUUCAGCAUUGAUCACAAAAGGGCCUCUAGCCCUCUGUUCCUGGUUCACACAGAAAACUGGAUUGUGUACCAUUAUUGGAACUUGCGUCACAGACGUCAUGAGAUGACGGUGUUAGAGCUUUAUGAAGGAAAAGUGCAGAAAAACAGCACUGUGUUUUCAUCUGUGGAUCCUCCUUCUGCGCCUCUGGUAUUGAGACAAUCAUACAUCCAACCAUCAGCCCUACAGUCCAUGGCAGUAACACGUACAGAGAAAGGAAUAACCAGCAGCAAUAUAUUACUUGCACUUCAGUCUGGGGGUAUCCUUGCCUUGCCAAAACGUUUCCUUGAUCCACGCCGACCUCUACAACCUACCAGUGAAGAGAAAGAAGAAGGAUUAAUCCCAUAUCUACCAGAACUACCAAUACAACACCAGUCAAUCAUCAACUAUAACCAAUCGGUUCUUGGAAUUGAGGGAUUGUUAACAUCACCGGCUGGAUUGGAGUCCACUUGUCUACUUUUGGCAUAUGGCUUAGAUUACUACUUCACUCGAGUCACUCCUUCCAAUCUGUUUGAUGUCUUGAAAGAAGACUUUGACUACACGUUGAUCACCGCUGUAUUAGUUGGUUUAGUGUUUGCUGCUGGUGUGACAAGGAAGCUAGCUGCAAAUAAAGCCCUCAACCAUGCUUGGAGGUGAUUGAAGUUUUAAAAUGGGGACAUUCCAGGCUAGCAGAUUAAACUCUUAGUUCAGUGAGUAGGUAAAGGUUGUAUCACAGAUUUUUUGCUGCAUAUAAGAAUACAUUAAAUGGGAAAAAUUAUGAAAUUAUUUCAAGCAGUUUUCAUGAAUCCUUUGUUAAAGUGAAAUAUGUGACAGGUAAUAGAGUACCUUUUUAAGACACAAAUUGCCACAAAAACUGGUUUCAUUAAGCUUGUUUAGAGGACAAUCUGUGGCAUUUGUUCUUUAUAGACGCAUUCUAAUUAUUAAACUGUCCAAAUUUUUGGAUUGUUUGUCAGAACUGUAAGUCCAGGAAUUUUUUAAAUUUUUGCCAGACAAAAUUAUGCAAGGGAUGUGUGAAAUGAAAUGUUUAUUUUCAUUAAUUGAAGCUGGUGUAUUUAAACUGACUAAUAUGAAGUCAUUCUACAGAAGGCAAAGUGGUCUCCAGUGAAAGAGAUUUCAGUGAUUGUAAUGUAGUUUAUGGCUUAAUUCUAGUCAAUUGCUUGUUCAGGUUUUAUGUUUCAGUACUUGAAAGUGAGCUUUCAAAGACCAGCAGACGGUUUUUGUUAAAAAUGGCAAAGUAAAUUAUGUUAACAAAGGAUAUAAAAAUGACAGCAUUGUCAUAAUUAAUGGAUGGUUUGUGUAUGUGUUAGUGAUACCUUGUUUUUAUUUGCCUAACAUUUUGCUUCUCUACAUAUGUUUAAGGCAAAAUAUGCAGGCUUAGGAACUCCACUUUUCCCUGUGAAUUGGAUAAGGUUCUGUUUUGUAUUAAGAUUUGUGAAAAUUGGCAAAAAAACAGCACUGUGUCAAUACUUUAAAAUGUGAAAUACAUGUAUGUUACACGUGUAAAUGUGUUUCUUUCAAAGUUUCAUCAAUGUGGUGUUAAUUAAUUGUAAGUUGGUUGGUGGAAUUUGAUCUGCUUGAUUUGAAUUUAGACGAGAAUUUCAUUACGGUUUAAAAUAAAAACUUCGAAAGACA